GUUAAAGACUUUGGAUGUUAUCCCUGUUUCAUGAUACCACUGUGUGAUUUUUAUUUUCUAACUCUUUCUGUACACCUAUCGACUAAAUAAGUAGCUAAAUGUCUGAAAUAUCUCUUUUGUGAGUUCUAAUAUUGGAACCAGUGAUCUCCAUCUGUCAGAGUAAUAAUUCAUUGAGGGAUAUGGUUGGAUUAAUGUGUCUUGAAUCAUGCUCAUCACAGUAGAGAAAAGAUGUCCUCUCUGACGUUUUGGGUAAGAUGUAAUGUACAUGGUUGGUGCUAAAUCUAUUGUGCUCUUGUUUUGACGAUGAGACACAGCAGUUUUGCUAUUGCAUUCUUUUCCCUUUUGGCAUUUUUGUAACCUGCUAUAUAUGUCAGUCAAUCUCAUGCCAUUUGCAUGACUUAUCAUGCAGGAAUUAUUGUUCUGAUCUCAAUGGAAUGUUUUCACAUGUAAAAUCACUCUACAUUCUCCAGAUUCUGUGAUCUUCUAUUUAUGUCCUGACACUCCCUGGUUUAUUAUAUGCUUUCUCGUAUUCUUGUGCCCACCAUUAACUUGUUUUUUUGUUCUUUUUUAUUUUUCCUUCCAUUUUAUUGUAGCCGCAGACUCAUGAAAGGAAUCUGCAUCCAUAAAGCUACUGGUAUAAAAAGGGCCAACCCAAACACUAGACCGGUUCAGAGAGAUGCUUCGGCCAAGCAAACAGCUAUCAAGGGACCUUAUGGUAAGAGUCCGGGAUGCACAACGAGCUGCGGAUUAAGGUUACCGAGGAAAACAGAAGUCACAGCAGCAAAAUUAAUCAAGCAUCUUGGAUGCAAAUUUGCAAAAGGAUUGCGUUUGGUGGUGAUGAGGAAGAAGAAAAGAUCUCCACCGUCGAAAGUUUCUUCUUUUUCGGGGAGAUCUCAGCCAUCAAUCAUCCCAAUAAACAAUGACAAUCAUCGGUCAGAGGCUAUAGAAGACUGCAUACAGUUCAUCAACUCAUCAUCCUCCUUCACCAGAUCAAACUCUACAUCUUAAGUGUUAUCACUCCCAAACCCUUUGUCUCGGUCUGUCGCUCGCUCGCUUAUUGUCUAUUUGCUUAUUCGUGAGAGUUGCAUGUAAUGUCCACAUAAAUCUAUUAUGUGACUUUUGUUGUUGUGUGUACUGUGCAGUAGUACGAGUAAAUGUCUUCCAUCUUCCUCAAUUUCUGUCUAUAAAUAUUAGAUUUUGAUAUUCGUA